AUGAUUGUAAUUCUGCUGGUGUCUAUGUCAAUGGUGUUGUACAGUGGUGGCCAAGACCUGGAGCCGCCAGCAUUCCUGCCAGAGCUUCUUAACACACCUGAAAGAAUCUUGAACAAUGCCACGUUCUUCAAUGGAGUCUUUCAAAAUGUGGAAAGUGUUGCAUUAUUUUUUGACUGCCUGGGUUCUCACUUCACCUGGUUACAGUCCAUCUUCACUAACUUCCCUGCCCUGUUCAACUUUGUGAACAAAAUGAAGUGCGUUACUGGUUUUUGUCCCAGGGAUUUUGAAGACUAUGGUUGCUCUUGCCGGUUUGAGAUGGAAGGGCUCCCUGUGGAUGAAGCUGAUGACUGUUGUUUCCAGCACCGCAAAUGCUAUGAGGAAGCAACGGAGAUGGAGUGCACAUGGGAACCAUCAAAGAUUUCUGCAGAUGUCAGCUGCUCUACUGAAAACCUGACCUGCGAGUCUGGGGAUGCCUGUGAACAGUUUCUCUGCAACUGCGACAAAGAUGCCAUUGAAUGCUUUGUGAAUGCACAUAUUAACUCUUCCUUGAAUGGGCUGGAUGUCUCCUUCUGUCCAUCUCUGGUUACAGAAACCACCGGCAACAGAGAGAUGACAACGCUUCACACGGAGGAAUUCCUUCAUCAUGGGACUGACAAAACACAGGCUGCAACUGCAUCCAUGGAAGAAGUGAUUCCUUCCGAGCCCAGCAAGAUGAUCCUGGGGACCUCCAAAGCUGGAGAGGACAGAUUUAUGGAAGCUCUGGUCCCAGUGGAAGAGAUAACCACCUCCCCAGCCUCCUUCCCAGGAGAUAUAAACCCCAUGCAAGUCAAAACUGUCCCCACCGAGAAGAUUCCUGCAGGCAUAUCUGCAAGGGCAAAGGAAAAAGUAUGUGAGCGAUUAACCUUCCUGCGAGAGAGAGGAAACGGAACGGUGAAGAGGGAGAUGCCCCAGCUAGGAGAAAUGCUGUUCUGUUUAACUCAGCGAUGCCCACAGGAAUUUGAAUCUUACGGUUGCUACUGUGGCCAAGAAGGAAGAGGUUAUCCUACUGAUGCACUGGACAGGUGCUGCUUCUCUCAUCACUGUUGUAUGGAACAAGUUAAGAAACUUGGAUGUCGUGCAGAAAGAACUUCAAGAUCUGAAGUUGUAUGUUUUGAUCAUAAGCCAAAAUGUAUUGGUUGGAGCAUGUGUGAGAAAUUACUAUGUGCUUGCGAUAAGACAGCAGCCGAGUGCAUGGCUUCUGCCUUCUUCAAUGAAAGCCUUAAGUUUCCACACAGGCAAGACUGCCAAGAGGGGAAAGUCUUAUGUCAAAGUGACCCUCAUGAAAGGCCUUCAAUCGGCACAGAAAUAGGCACCGGGAUUUCCAGCUCCGAGGAGAGCAGUGAGGAGGAAGGUCCACUGUGGAGUGUAUUCAGAAGAGCAAAGAGAGAUACACCAUCCCGUUGGAAACUCCAGAACUGUGCAACGUGA